GGCGGGAGAAGAACUAGUAGCCCUGGCGGGGCCGGAGCAUGAAUCCCGGCGCGGACCGAGGAUGAUGCCGAGACCCUUUGGCGGCGGGCGGGCGCCCAGGGGCUGGGCGAUGGACUCCGGUGGCGGCGCCCGGGGACCCCUCUUUCUCCUGCUCUACGUUUGCCUCGGCAUCGCUCCGACUUCCCAGCAAGUGCUUCGGAUCGGAGGAAUAUUUGAAACUGUGGAAAACGAACCUCUUAAUAUUGAAGAAUUAGCAUUCAAGUUUGCAGUCACCAACAUUAACAGAAAUAGAACACUGAUGCCUAAUACCACAUUAACCUAUGACAUCCAGAGAAUUAACCUCUUUGAUAGCUUUGAAGCCUCAAGACGAGCAUGUGACCAGCUUGCUCUUGGGGUCGCUGCGUUAUUCGGACCAUCCCACAGCUCCUCAGUCAGUGCAGUACAAUCGAUUUGCAAUGCACUUGAAGUUCCACAUAUACAGACCCGAUGGAAACAUCCGACAGUGGAUAAUAAAGAUUCCUUUUACAUCAACCUCUACCCAGACUAUGCAGCCAUCAGUAGGGCAGUGUUGGACUUGGUGCUCCAUUACAACUGGAAGGUUAUAACAGUUGUGUACGAAGACAGUACAGGUCUAAUUCGCCUUCAAGAACUCAUCAAAGCCCCUUCGAGAUACAACAUUAAAAUCAAAAUUCGCCAGUUACCCUCUGGGAAUAAAGAUGCCCGGCCUUUACUCAAGGAGAUGAAGAAAGGCAAAGAGUUCUAUGUGAUAUUUGAUUGCUCACAUGAAACAGCAGCAGAAAUCCUUAAGCAGAUUCUCUCCAUGGGAAUGAUGACUGAAUAUUAUCACUACUUUUUUACAACCCUGGAUUUGUUUGCACUAGACCUGGAACCCUACAGAUAUAGUGGAGUCAAUAUGACCGGCUUUCGUCUGCUCAACAUCGAUAAUGCACAAGUUGCAUCGGUUAUUGAGAAGUGGUCCAUGGAAAGGUUACAGGCGCCACCCAAGCCAGAGACUGGUCUCCUAGAUGGCAUGAUGACUACUGAAGCAGCUCUGAUGUAUGAUGCUGUUUAUAUGGUAGCAAUAGCUUCUCAGCGUGCCUCCCAAAUGACUGUCAGUUCCCUGCAGUGUCACAGACAUAAGCCAUGGCGUUUUGGACCCAGAUUUAUGAACAUGAUAAAAGAGGCUCGUUGGGAUGGUUUGACAGGGCGAAUUACUUUCAACAAAACAGAUGGCUUAAGAAAGGAUUUUGAUUUGGACAUCAUUAGCCUCAAGGAGGAAGGAACGGAAAAGGCUGCUGGUGAAGUUACCAGUCAUUUGUAUAAAAUAUGGAAGAAGAUUGGGGUUUGGAACUCAAACAGUGGCCUUAAUAUGACUGACAGCAAUAAAGACCGAUCUACCAAUAUCACUGAUUCACUGGCGAACCGAACACUCAUAGUCACCACUAUUUUGGAAGAUCCCUAUGUUAUGUACAAGAAAUCUGACAAACCGCUUUAUGGCAAUGACAGAUUUGAAGGAUAUUGCCUGGAUUUGUUGAAGGAGUUAUCAAAUAUUUUAGGCUUUAUCUAUGAAGUGAAACUUGUGUCUGAUGGUAAAUAUGGAGCCCAGAAUGACAAAGGAGAAUGGAAUGGCAUGGUCAAAGAACUCAUAGAUCAUAAAGCUGACCUGGCAGUUGCUCCUCUCACUAUUACCUACGUAAGAGAAAAAGUAAUUGACUUCUCAAAGCCCUUCAUGACGCUGGGAAUCAGUAUUUUAUACCGGAAGCCCAAUGGCACAAACCCUGGUGUUUUUUCCUUUCUAAACCCACUUUCUCCUGAUAUUUGGAUGUAUGUCCUGCUAGCCUGCCUUGGAGUCAGUUGUGUGCUUUUUGUCAUUGCAAGGUUUACACCCUAUGAGUGGUAUAAUCCCCACCCGUGCAACCCUGACUCAGAUGUGGUGGAAAACAAUUUUACUUUACUUAAUAGUUUCUGGUUUGGAGUUGGAGCUCUCAUGCAGCAAGGAUCAGAGCUGAUGCCAAAAGCUCUUUCCACCAGAAUAGUUGGAGGGAUAUGGUGGUUUUUCACCUUAAUCAUAAUAUCGUCCUACACUGCUAAUCUGGCUGCCUUCUUGACGGUCGAGAGGAUGGAAUCUCCCAUUGAUUCAGCAGAUGAUCUAGCAAAACAGACCAAGAUAGAAUAUGGAGCUGUUAGAGAUGGCUCAACAAUGACUUUCUUUAAGAAAUCUAAAAUAUCAACAUACGAGAAAAUGUGGGCAUUCAUGAGCAGCAGGCAGCAGACAGCACUGGUGAAGAACAAUGAUGAGGGAAUCCAGCGUGUGCUCACCACUGAUUACGCCCUGCUGAUGGAAUCUACUAGUAUAGAAUAUGUUACGCAGAGGAACUGCAACCUCACCCAGAUUGGAGGACUCAUUGAUUCCAAAGGUUAUGGCGUAGGAACACCCAUUGGAUCUCCUUACAGAGAUAAAAUUACGAUUGCCAUUCUCCAGUUACAAGAAGAAGGAAAGCUGCACAUGAUGAAGGAGAAAUGGUGGAGAGGCAAUGGUUGCCCUGAGGAGGACAGCAAAGAAGCCAGUGCCCUGGGUGUGGAGAAUAUUGGAGGGAUCUUUAUUGUGCUUGCAGCAGGGCUGGUUCUUUCUGUCUUUGUAGCAAUUGGAGAAUUCAUAUAUAAAUCAAGGAAGAACAGUGACAUUGAACAGUGUCUUUCUUUCAAUGCCAUAAUGGAGGAACUUGGAAUUUCACUUAAACACCAGAAGAAAUUAAAGAAAAGGUCAAGAACUAAAGGGCGGUCGUCAUUCACAAGUAUUCUUACUUGUCAUCAGAGACGGACACAGAGGAAAGAAACCAUGGCUUGAAUAAAUGCAGCUUUCUUUGGAAGAGAUCGGGCAUAGAUGGGAAAAAAAGGCAAAACUGAUUUUUAAAAAACUUUUAUAGCUGCUAGUCUGUUGGAUGGAAGAAUUUCUGGGAGAGAGACAUCCAUUUUCUUUCUCAAAAAGUAGGGGUGGCUUUCCCUUUUCUAAUCUAUUGGAGAUACAACAGAUUGAGCACUCCUGCAAGACUGAGGGGAGUAGGAAUCACCUGGGAAAUAUCUCUGUUUCUCUUACUUUUGAAAUGAUUGGUCACCUAUUUUGCAUCUCUUUCCUCCUCCCCUGUUCAUUGCUGUAUGUGCUUUCUAAAUGAAUAAAAACAGGGAUUUUUCAGUAUUGGAGUUAAAAUUUCAUUUCCUCUCCAGAAAUUAUUAGGUUUCAUCCCACACUUGGAUAAUAUUGAGGCAGAAUUCAGGGAAGCUACCUUUUUGAGGAUGCACCUCUUAGAAUCUCCUAGCCAGCCUAGGUAACUUCCCCAAAGUGU